CGCCGCGAAGGCCUCAGAGUCUCGCGGUCUUUGCGUUCGCCAGCGGGCGCGAAGCUGUCCGGGUUUCUGGCGGGCGGUGUUUUGUCUCCUCGUUGCCGAGCCCUCGCAGAUUCCCGGGACCUCCGGGCCCAGCAGCAUGACGUCUGCUUUGGAGAACUACAUCAACCGAACUGUGGCUGUUAUUACUUCUGAUGGCAGAAUGAUUGUGGGAACACUAAAAGGUUUUGACCAGACCAUUAACUUGAUUUUGGAUGAAAGCCAUGAGCGGGUGUUCAGCUCUUCUCAGGGAGUAGAACAAGUGGUGUUGGGGUUAUACAUUGUGAGGGGCGACAAUGUAGCAGUCAUUGGGGAAAUAGAUGAAGAGACAGAUUCUGCACUCGACUUGGGGAACAUCCGAGCAGAACCUCUGAACUCCGUAGCACACUGAGACCUCAGUGUGUAGUGAGAUGUGUGUAAAUCCUGUACAGAAGCGUCUCUCCUGAGAGUGAUGUUUAGGUUUUUUAUGAGUGUGUAAUUGUGGAGUUUGACUUCAUGUUGGUACACUGUAAUAUGUAAUUUAAAUAUUUCUACAUUUUUAUUGGGAAACAUUGCCUAAAUUAAUAAAUGUGGUUGGCUGGUUUAUUUUUCUACCAAAUGAUACAAAAAUCUAAGGAUCAUUUGAAAACUUAGAAAAUACCAUUACUUUUGGUAAUUUAAUAUUUAUGGGAAAUUGGCUGUAGAGAGAACUUAGACUGUUAUUGUAACUUAUACUAAUGCAAAUAAUAGUAAUAAAAGACACAUUUCUUGUUG